UUGUAGCUGCUCAGGAGCUCUCAGGGGAAUUUUCCAGGCUAUGUGCAAGCUUGAGGAAACAGGUAUGGGGCAGCUUGGGCUAUAGUAUGACCAAGUGUCUUUCCAAUGGUAAUUUUUUCUUUCUUCCAACACACAAAACCUAAAUUUUCUCAUCUUUUGACUAUUAUCUUAAUAAUAAAUAAUCCAUGAUGUUAUUGCUUUCCAUGGUGUUGCUUUCCUAUACUGGUGCACAUCCACUACUUCUGUGUUAAGAUCCCAAGCAGCUAUAAGCAUCAGAGCCACCCCUAACAGAAGGGUUUGCACUGCACAUGGGUAAGACAGUUUCAGAUUCAGGGGGCAUCUUCCUCACCACAAAUCACUUUAGAAAACAAAGAUUUAGACUCUUGUGUUGCAGUGACUGCGUAGGGCCAUCCAAAAGCCGGGGAUAGCUCACACCAGCUUUGGAGAUGGGACACUAUCUUAUUGGGGUGGCAAUGGGAAGAAGCUGAAUUGACAUUUCCUUAUCUGGAAGGUACGUGUCCCUCAUAACACAAUUUCAUGAUAAUCUUCAAUUUGCUGUACUGGGAAGCUUCUCCCUGGUCAGCAAUCAGAUGUAUCAAAAUUACAAUUAAUCACUGUGGGGAAAAAAACCCUAGUUUCCUCCUCCUUUAAAUUAAAAGGAGGGUGCAAGCUAGACAAGAAACACACUGGUGCAAUAGGACUUGAUUGACUUUAAUGUGGAAACAGUUGCACCACUUAGUAUGUUCUCCUGUCAGAACACUGGGAAUUUGUUUCCAAAAGGGCAAAGGCCUCUGGGAUGUGUCCUGAUUCUUUGUGAUUUGACCUGUGCUGUUGUCAAUGAUUUACUGCAGCGUUCUGGAGUCCGGUCGGCUCCGUGCUUCUUCUAGCAGUGCUUGCCCCGCAGCAUCCUGCAGCCUAAGGCUUUUGUAUGCCGCUGGUCUAUAGCAAACAUUUACAUAUGGAAAAACAAUGCAGUGGAGCCUGUGUCAGUUUCCUCCUUUAAUUCUGUGUUUGCUGGCUUUAACGGCACACCAGGCCACGGCUACAGCGCGCAGGGAGCUCCAGGCAUUGCCUUCCCAGAGAAGAAGCAGCAGAGAUGUUAAUUCUCCAGCUCCUGUCGACUGUCAGCUGAGCCAGUGGUCAGAAUGGACUGAUUGCUUUCCUUGCCAAGAGAAAAAACACCGGUACCGGAGGCUGGUGCAGCCGGCGGUGUUCGCGGGGCAGCGAUGUGCAGGGCACCUCUGGGGAGAGCAAGCUUGUCGUGCUGAGACAACGUGCACUGGACCCCCUGACUGUGGGAAGGACUUUCGGUGCGAGGAAACAGGUCGCUGUAUUAAACGGCAUCUUGUGUGCAACGGAGAGUCAGACUGCAGAGAUGGGUCUGAUGAGGAGAACUGUGAGGAUGAAGAUAUUGAAAGCCCGUGUGAACAUCUGUUCCCAAUCCCAGGGUCUGAAAAAGCUGCCCAAGGAUACAACAUCCUAACAGAGGAAGCGAGCCAGUAUAUAUAUGAUCCUAAUUUUUUUGGAGGCCACUGUGAGUACGUGUACAAUGGAGAGUGGCGGGAGCUGAAGUACGAUGCUGCAUGUGAACAUCUGUACUACGGGGACGAUGAGAAGUAUUUCCGCAAACCUUACAACUUUCACAUAUACCAAUUCCUAGCUCACGCUGAUUCUGGAUUCGCUUUUGAGUUUUAUGAUGAUUCAAAGGAUCUGCUUGAUGCCCUUAAAAGUGAUAAAUCCAAAACAAUAGGCUUUACCAUUGGAAUUAGGCCUGAAGAAUCACCUUUACAGUUAGAACUGGGCUUCACUUUAUCAGGUGGCAAAGGAUCCCUGAAGAAUUUCACGCAAUACACUGCAAAGGAGGUUGGAUUCAUUAGAGGUGUGACGAAGGUGCAGACAGCCCGUUUCAAGAUGAGAAGGGACAACAUUGUUUUGGAUGAAGAUGUGCUGCUCUCCUUGCAGGAGCUUCCAGACACCUACAACUAUGGCAUGUAUGCCAAAUUCAUCAACGACUACGGCACCCAUUUCAUGACAUCUGGCACUAUGGGAGGUGUCUUUGAGUACAUCGUUGUCAUUAACAAGGAGGAAAUGAGAAGAAAAGACAUCAGCGCUGAGGAGAUAAGUGCCUGUAUUGGCAGGUCAAUUGGCCUUACAGUCAGCGAGAGUAAACUGCAUUUGGAAGCAUCUGUGACAUCCUCUGACUGUGCAAAGAAAGGAUUUUUGAAAACUGUCAACUUUUCAGAUGCUGAGAGCAACAGUGCUAUUGUGGAAGAUAUUAUUCCCCGGAUUAGAGGCGGAGAUACCAGUUACAGCGGAGGGCUCUUAAACAGUUGGGAUGGCAAUAUGUACCGUCACUGGGGAAGAUCAUUAAAAUAUAAUCCUGCUGUUAUUGAUUUUGAGCUGCAGCCCAUCCAUGAAAUUCUCCGCAGAAGCAACCUUGGCAACACGGAAACCAAACGGCAAAACCUGAAACGGGCUUUGGACGAUUACCUGUUGGAGUUCAACGCCUGCCGCUGUGGACCGUGCCAGAACAACGGGGAACCCAUUUUGGUAGGAGACACGUGUUUCUGCCAGUGUCGAGCAGGUUACAGAGGCCCCGCCUGCGAGCAGACUCAGCGCCAAGGCGGUGAGACGAACGGGCGCUGGAGCUGCUGGUCCCAGUGGGGUCCCUGCCAGUCGGGCACCGCGCAGCGCAGCCGGCGGUGCAACAACCCGGCCCCGCAGCGAGGUGGGGAGCCCUGCACGGGCAGGGGUGUGCAGAGCAAAGCCUGCUGAACGCCCACAUCGCUCCCCACAGGUAUGUGGUCAAGAGCAGUUUGGAGUCUGUGCUGGGCUAUAAAUACUCCGGGCAUAAUCCUGCAACAGAAUCACGCUGGGGAGAGAUAAUUGUUAAGUAUUGCAUUGCCAUAUAUAUGGAGAUGUGCUGGAUUCACUGCAUUAAACCUGACUGCUGUCCAGACCAAUUGCUCUGCCUGGUUGAACGCACGCCUGGC